AUGAGUGACUGCGCUGGACAAGUUCACGACUGGGAGCCCCAUGGAUUGCUGCAACUGACAGCAUUGGACUUCACAUUCGCCACACACUUUGGGAAAGACUUCAAUUUCCUAAGUCCACUAGAUACCAACGGAGCAGCCGAUCGGGAGUACACCUUGGGCGCUUUUCAAGAUUUCUUGACGGGCUUCGAUUUCAUCCUCAAACAUCAGGCUCUAGGGCCUCUCCUGCAGAAUAGGUACCCGAAUAAGCUAAGCCAGAAAGUGGCCAAGUUCUACUCGUCUGUGGCGAAAGUGGAAACUUCUGCGAGAGAAAUCAUCGAACAGAGAAAGAAGGAAUUGUCUGAAGGGGCUGAACCCAAGUGUACCGUUUUGGACAAGUUGAUCGCCGAGAAGAGGCUACACUUGACAUGGAAUCUCAUAACUUUCACGCUGAGUGGGGGCACUUCGGUACCCUCGAACAUCGAGUGGUUCCUCUAUCUGAUGUGUAUAAACCAAGAUGCUCAGAAGAAGGCCAGGGCCGAAGUUGACGCUCUUGGAAAAGAUCCAACCGAUAACGACGAUCUUGACAAACUACGAUACGUCGAGGCAUGUGUGUUGGAAACUCUCCGU